AGUAAUCGGAGUCGCGUUCUGUCUCUUGUAACUUGCAUUUAAGGAAAUAAUGUUGCAAAUACUUGUUCAAUGAAGAGCGGCUAAAAUACGUUUAUAAGAGAGACAUUACUGCUUUUGGAAGGAGGAAACUUUUUUCAUUUAAUCACAUACGGAAAAAUCACGCUAGUUUGUUUUGGCCCGUAAAACUCUGUUCCCAUGUCAAGAAAAUGAAUCGAUACUACAGAAAAUGCCGUAAUAGCAACAUGCACUGUGUGAUCGUUUGCCUGCUCGUUAUAGUAGGCCGGGCGCUGUGCCUCACAACACGUCCAAAUAUUAUCUUGAUUUUUGCAGAUGAUUUAGGAUAUGGAGAUUUAGCGUGUUACGGGCACCCAACUUCUGGUACUCCAAAUCUGGAUAAAUUAGCGGCACAUGGACUUCGCUUCACCGAUUUCUAUAGCGCCAGCCCCGUAUGCACUCCUUCCAGAGGAGCUCUUUUAACAGGCCGCUAUCAAACCCGCUCUGGACUAUAUCCUGGGGUGCUGUAUCCUGGGUCCAAAGGUGGGCUUCCUCUCAAUGAAACUACAAUUGCUGAAAUUCUGAAACCCCUGGGAUAUGCCACUGCUAUGGUUGGAAAAUGGCAUCUGGGUUUUGGGGUUAAUCGAACCUUUCUUCCUGUUCACCAAGGAUUUGACACCUUUCUUGGUGUACCUUAUUCUCAUGACCAGGGUCCCUGCCAGAGUCUGACCUGUUUUCCUCCAGACAUCAAGUGCUAUGGAAUGUGUGACCAGGGCGUAGUCCCACUACCCUUGCUAUUAGAUGACAAGAUAAUACAACAGCCUGUUUACUUUCCUGAACUUGUGCCUCAGUACAACAAGUUUGCAUCUGACUUUAUCACCCUCUCUGCAAAGCACGAUCAACCAUUCUUUCUCUACUAUGCAUCAGAUCACACCCACUACCCUCAAUUUGCAAGCAUUAAAACAACUGGGAAGUCAUUAAGGGGACCAUUUGGCGAUGCACUAAUGGAAUUUGACAAUUCUGUAGGGAUCAUUAUGAAAACGCUGAAAGAUAAUAACAUUCUUAACAACACAUUUGUUUUCUUCACCAGUGAUAAUGGGCCUGAACUAAUGCGCAUGUCUCGUGGUGGAAAUGCUGGGCUCCUGAAGUGUGGAAAAGGAACAACAUAUGAAGGAGGAAUAAGAGAACCAGCUAUCGCCUACUGGCCAGGAAAAAUCCAACCAGGUGUCACACAUGAGCUGGCAAGUACUUUAGAUCUGCUGCCUACUAUUGCAACACUUGUUAAAACAAAGCUUCCCAAAGUACAGCUGGAUGGAUAUGAUAUGGGAGAUAUCCUGUUCAGACAAAGCAUGGGCAAAAGAAAAACCAUGUUCUAUUAUCCGGUUGACCCUAGUGAGAAGCUUAGUGUCUUUGCAGUACGCUAUGGAAAGUACAAGGCACAUUACUUUACAAGAGGAGCUUCACAUAGUGACACAACUCCAGACCAUGACUGUCACCUUAGUGCUUUUUUGAAAGCUCAUGAUCCACCCUUGCUUUUUGACUUGGAGUCUGAUCCAUCUGAGAACUACAACCUUGUCAACAAUGCUUCCAUGGCUGAACUUAAGCCUGUCCUAGACAUGAUCCAACAGGUGAAAGUAGAAUUUGAGAAGUCAAUGGUGUUUGGUGAGAGCCAAAUUGGAAAAGGGAUAGACCCAGAAUUGGAACCAUGUUGUGACCCAGCAUGCACUCCAAAGCCUACAUGCUGUCAGUGCUCUCCUUUGUAAAGAAUGUACAGUAUAAGUGAGUAAGCUAGAACUCACAAAUGCAUUCUGUCAAAGAAACCAUUUCAAUAAGUGUCUUUAAAUGUAUCUAAUAAUAAGAAACACACCAUGUGGGUUUCCUUAAAUUCAGUCCUGGAGUGCUACUGUGGCUGCAGGUUUUCACUCUGACCGUUUUCUUAUUUAGUGACCAGGUUUUGCUGCUAAUUAACUCUUUUGCCUUAAUUUACGUUGACUUGCUAUUUAAGUCUCAGGCCCUUUGUUCCUUAAUGUUUGUUUCCUUAAUUAACAGCCAAACACAAUGAGUUACAAAACGAGCCAACACUUAACUAACUAAUCUGUGUCCAUCAUACACAGUAUUUAAAAAAAAAAGAAAGGAGAAGGUCUCAGUAAUGUUGUCCACUCACUUCCACAAAAUAUUUUGACAGUGUUCUUAGAAAAAAGAAAAUCAACAGUUUUAGAAAUGUCUGCUGUGGCAGAAUACAAACAUCAACAAGCCAUGAAAUUAAAUAAUGGGUUUAAUCAACAACAAGAAUCAGCUUCUAAUUAGGAAACUUAGUUGGUCAUCUAUUUUCUCACUUCACAUCUUGUUAUGUUCAACCGGUGUCGCAUAUUAUUUGUUUUGGCAACCCAAAACAUUUGUUUUGUUUUUGGUUGCUAAUUCCCUCAGUUGUGUUCUUGUAAUUUUAGUGGAGAAUGUUAUACAUCAUGCAAAAUAGGGGCAUAAUAGAAUUCCUUUGUAGUUUUUCUUGGACUCUUUGUUAUCUUUCUCUAUCAUUAAUAUCUUAUCUCUCUUAUCUAUUACUCUUUAUUUUAUUUUCAACAACAUGCUCUACUUUCAUUGAUCUGUAUUCUAAACACACUUAUUCUACUCCAGACUAUGUUGAGACAUAUCUUAUCUCUAGAACCCUGGGCACAAGGUAGGAGACAACUUUGAAUAUAGAUUCACACACAAAGCCAUAUUCUCACUCAUACGGGUACAGUUUAGAUUUUCCUCUAAACUUAAAAUAAUGCUUUUGGAUUGAAUGUUGAAUCAAUCUCCCCAAGUAGACCCACCAAGUAGAAUUACAGUUCACUGUAGGUUACUGAUAAUUUAAUAUUUAUUAAUGUGCAUAAAUAUCAGUAAUAUUUCUAAUUUCUCUUUUAACAUCUUGAAUUCAUGAAGUAUACUCUCAAAUCUUUAGAACCCUGCUACAACACAUUAUUAUUAUUAUUAAAUAUUGUAAAGACCUGAGAUGUCAUUGCAGUAAUGUUAGCAAGUGCAUUGAGUUUUAUAUGAAAUUUCUUUUUAUAAAAGUGAUGACACAAAGAUUGUGCUGUUUUUAUUGAUGUGCAGUUUUAGAUAGAUAGAUACUUUAUUAAUCCCAAGGGGAAAUUCACAUACUCCAGCAGCAGCAUACUGAUAAAGAAAAUAUUAAAGAGUUAUAACAAUGCAGGUAUACAGACAGACAAUGACUUUGAAUAAUGUUAACAUUUAUCCCCCCCGGGUGGUAUUAAAGAGUCUUUUAAAGAUAAUAAUGAGACAAUUUCAUAUACUAUAUAUUUAUUAUUUUAUUUUGCUGCUUUGUUAACAUUGCAUCAUGGAUGGGUACUUCCAUUUAGUCAGUAAAAACAUACAACUGUUUAAUGUAAAUUCUAUUCAAUUGCCAAUCACUGUCAUUUAAAGUGUAAGCAUUUUUAUUUAUUAACAGUUAACAGUGCAGUCUGUUUCUCAAACACCUUCAGCAUACCACAUCCUGUUACAAGAGUGUUUUAACAAAACAGUAUAGUGGAUGUGUCUGAUUAAAAAAUAAUAAACAUAUUUUUAAAUAUAAUUUAAGUGCAUAUCAUCUAUUCUAUUUGAUUUAGCAUUUUAUUUUAUUGUUGUGCCUCUUAACAAGAUGUGUUCAACAUAGGAAUGUUUAGUAUGUUUAUUUUGUCAAUCUGAAUAUUGGCCCAGUAUUAUUUUAGCUUGUUUGCCUUUAAACCUUUAUCACCAUAGGUUCUAAAAAUGAUUUCGUUCUGACAAAAAAUAUUUGUUUAAUUGAAAUGAAAGCUAAUUGUGAAAUUUUUACAAAUAACUUAUAUAUACAUAGUACUAUGACUUGAAAAACCAUUCUACUUCCAUCCCUUCUUUCACAUAAAUGAUUGUCACAACUUGGGGGUUCAUCAGUUUGACUGGGAAUACAGUAUUCAAUUGUAAAUCAAACACUCUUCUGCCCCAAAAAGAAAGAAAAUUAUAAACAUUUACGACAUUAAAAUGAAAUGUCAACAGUUUGUAAGUAUUUGUGGAAAAUCUGAACCUGCCUGUAAGACCUCCGUUAGAGGGGAGUAUUUAUCCUUGAUAAUUAACUGAGGACAGGUGAUUUUCCCCCCAUUUACUCCACAGGUGGAGACCUUCAACAAAUUGGGUGAGUUUGUCAAAUGAACAAUGCAUUUUACCUGAGAAGGGUUAUCCUUACAUUUACAUUACAUUUAUUCACUUGGCAGGCACUUUUAUUUUAUUUAUAAAGGAGGUCAACACAAUUAGACGAAUAUCAGUCUGGGAAGUGUUUUGAAAUGGGUGUUACAGGACAAGAUUACAAAGUUCACAGAAGAGCUCUAAACCAGACAGCACCAGAAGACUUAUUAAUUAGACAGAUAUCCGCUGAAAAAGAGUCUUAACACACUUCAUAACACAGUGAAGGAAUCGGGAGUUUGAUGGUGGUGGGCAGUUCAUUCUACCAGCUAGUAGCUAUGCAUGAGAAAUCCAGUUUGAGCUUUGAUGUCAAGCAGAGAUGGCAUCACCAGAUACCAUUCACUAGCACCCCAAAGUGGGCAAGAAAGAGCAUAGGACCUCAUGAGUGGUGUCAACACAUUGAUAACUAUGUAAGCAAGCAUCAAGGAUUUAAACUUAAUGUACCGGCAGCCAGUAUAGAAACCUGAAAAGAGGAAUGACAUGUGCCUGUCUUGGCAGGUUAAACACAAGACACAAUGCUGUAUUUUAAAUAACCUGCAGGGGAUUGUAGUAGUCAAGGCCUGACAAGACCAAUGGCUGAACCAGAAGAUGUGCUGCAUAUUCUGUCACAUACACUUGACCCUACAGAUGUUAUAAAGUGAAUCUGUAUGAACGAGAGACAGUUGCAUUGUGGUCAGUGAAGGACAGCAGGUCAUUAAUCACCAUCCCAAGGUUGUGUAACAAAUUUACAAAGGGUAUAAACACUUUUAACUCACAUAAUUUUGAUUUUUCCUUUUUAGCAAAUUGUUAAAAGGUUUCAGUAUGUUUCUUGUGGUUUGGCAUGAUGUAUGCUAUUUUGUCGAUCAGCUGGAAAAUUCGUAUUUUUAUAUACUGUAUUAUAAGUAGCCUCCAAAAUGUGGAGUACCUUUCAAGGCAUAUACUGUACACUCCAGGAUACGGUGUUUGAACUCUGCACUGGUCAUGGGUUUAUGUGGAGUUCGCACCCCUGUGUCUGCAUGUUUUGUUGUGUUUUUUUCCCGUGUAUUCUGUUUUUUCUCUCACAUCCCAUAGAUUGAUUAGCGAUUUCAGAUUAACUCCUAGCCAGUGUAUGUUUGUUAGUGGGCCCUGCAAUGGACUAGCACCAACCCAAGGCUGUUUUCUGCUUUAAGGCCCCAGCCAACCUUGAAAUGGAUAAAGCUAGAUAAGGAGAAAAAUAUAAAACAGGAUAAGAGAAAUCUUUAUAGUUUAUCAUUUUUAUUUCAAGUGAAUGUCAAGUUUUUGAAGAAUUAAAAAAAAAAUAAAAUUGGGAUAGAUUUAACAUUGUUUAAAUUGUAAUGGAAUGGUUUGUAAUGUUAUUGUUGCAAUUUUAAAAUCUAAAAAAUGUAAAGUCUUUUCAGAGGUUAUGACUACAUCUUCAGAAAUGUAUAUCUUUGUUCCAGUUUGGAAGAAAACGGCAUUGGCUGCACAUGCAACAGUACAGAGUAAAACUGAUUGUUGUCUUUUAAAUUGUCAAACUCAAAAAUCUAUGAUUUUUUUUUUAAACUGUUUUCUGUUAAGCAUCCAUCCAUCUGAAUGGAUGGAUGUUUUCUGUUUAAUAUUUAUGAUAAUGUAAAGUCAAAAGCUUUCUGGAGUAUCAAUGAAUA